AUGUCUGGAAUCUGUUUAGCUCGUCUCACUGAAGAACGUAGGCAAUGGAGAAAAGAUCAUCCUUAUGGUUUUUAUGCCAGACCAAUGAAAAACGAGAAAGGCUUAGAUUUAUUAACUUGGCAAGCUGGCAUUCCAGGAAAAAAAGGAACACCUUGGGAAAACGGUGUUUAUAAAAUGAUCAUGACAUUUCCUGAAGGUAAAUUUGCACCGGCUCUCUUCCAUCCAAAUGUCUAUCCAUCUGGCACAGUUUGCCUUUCUAUUUUAAAUGAAGAAGAGGAUUGGAAACCUGCUAUUACCAUCAAGCAGAUUUUAUUAGGUGUCCAAAAUCUUUUAGAUGAACCAAAUCCUGAAAGUCCUGCGCAAUCUGAAGCUUACAUGUUGUAUAAGAAAGAUCGUGUUGCAUACGAAAAAAAAAUAAGACAACAAGCAAAAGACAAUCCAGCAUAA